UGGAGGAGGAGGAGCCGCGUGCACGCGCCCCGGGCCUCAGUGGGAGGAGGCGAACAUUCCCGCGCCCCACCUUGAGUCGCGUGCAGGCGAGCCUUCUUUGGCACACCGUUCCCGUCAUUCGGGAGCCUCAAUACCCGCCAGACGACGCCUGCCUCCCGCCACUCGCACACCUCGCGCGCUGUUCUUGUCUCGCAGUCAGCUGAGAGGACACGCCCAGCAGAGAUGGCCAAAGCGGACCAACGCUACGGUCAACGGGAUGGAUCGGACCAGAACUUUGACUACAUGUUCAAGUUGCUCAUCAUCGGCAACAGCAGCGUGGGAAAGACAUCCUUCCUGUUUCGCUACGCCGACGACUCCUUCAGCAACUCCUUUGUCAGUACUGUGGGCAUCGACUUCAAGGUGAAGACGGUUUACCGCAACGACAAGAGGAUCAAACUGCAGAUCUGGGACACGGCGGGACAGGAGCGGUACCGCACCAUCACCACGGCGUACUACCGUGGCGCUAUGGGCUUCAUCCUCAUGUAUGACAUCACCAAUGAGGAGUCCUUCAACGCCGUGCAGGACUGGGCCACUCAGAUCAAGACGUACUCAUGGGACAAUGCCCAGGUCAUCAUGGUAGGCAACAAGUGUGAUAUGGACGAGGAGCGGGUGGUCGCGCCCGAGAAAGGAAAACACCUGGCAGACCAAUUGGGCUUCGAAUACUAUGAGGCUAGUGCCAAGGAGAACAUCAACGUGCGGCAGGUCUUUGAGCGCCUGGUGGACAUCAUCUGCGUAAAGAUGUCAGAGCGAGUCGACGUGGAGGUGCCGGCAGCCCCCGGUGCCAAGACCACCAGACUGAGUGACAAGCCGGCCCAGCUACCUCAGAAGUGCUGCUGAUGGGUCGGCAGCUGUCGUCAAUCAACUAUCCUAACAUUCCUCAGUCCAUGCUAGUGAGCUGUCAAUCAUUCUAAGCCACAUGGGUCACAUGACUGUGUCUCUCUCUCUCACACACACACACACACACACACACACACACACACACACACACACAUACUUUGACUUGUUUGACCAUCAUCUAUCUUGUUGUCUUGUUGUCUUCAUUGUGUGGGCCUCCGCCAAGGCGCAACACAUGUGAACGAGUUGAUUUGUUCUGUUUACCUCACUGUAUCACUUUGUAGCCCAAAACUCUUCAAUAUGUUCAAAUGUGAAAGUCAAAACAUGACCUGAACAUCACAAAAAACUGACUGCCAGCAGUCCAGACAAAAAAAGCUUUUGUCUUCAGAUGAUUGCAUUCGCUGAUGUUGUUAGCGAAACUCAUUGCACUUUUCCUUGUAUCAUUUUUAUGAAAGGAAGCAAACUUAAGACAAAUCAACAAAAGGAGAAAUGUUAUUUUCAAGCACACCAAAUAAUGCGAGCGCAGGAAGCAACUGCCACUGCUGCUCACCAUCUGAUUGGCUGCUUCUCACUGAGCUGCAUUCUAGAACAAUCCGUAUUCCACUUGAAGGCCGCGCCACCGACGCACAACUCUCAGGGUGGUCUGCAGCUGCCCUCAUCAGUCCUCGCUGUGCUCUUCGCACGAGCAAACGCUUCCCUAAUUGCACUUAGCAAAGAAGUAAUGAAGGAAGAUGGCGUGAGACUCAAUGAGCGAGCCCUGCGGAGUGGCCCACUCGUGGCGUGUAUCUCGUACCAGGGCCCACAUGGCGGAUGAGAAGAUAUUGUCGUGUUUCCUUCCCUGUGUGUGUGUGUGUGUUGCAUUUGAUUAUCAUGAUAUUUACUGUUGUGAGUGCUUUGUGUUUGUGCAAAGUGUGACAUCAUGAGUUGAAGAAAUGACGUAUGUGUGCAAAAGAAGGAAAAAACAUGAAACUUGAGUGCAUUUCUGGUGCAAUCUUCUGCCAAAAUGCUUCUUUAGCUGUGUCACACAGCUCAUGUUUUGUGUGUAACUGAUGACGAUAUUGUUGAUUAUUUAUGGUGACUUUGUAAAUGAUAGAUUUAGAAGUUAUUAUGCUGUGGAGUUAUUUUUGAUGCUGUGUAAAGAAAUUGAUGUAAACUUGUUGUCAGUUCACCCCUGUCUGGGGGAGAAGCACAAAGUGAAUGUACAAACUAUUGUCAAUGUUUGUAUAUUAUAGAUGCAGUUUAGUAUAGUAAAAAUAAUAAUCUUUAAUCAAA